CGCAGCCAAUUGGACGUGUUCGUCCACCAGUGGAAGCCCAGUCGGAGUGAAGAUUCCGUUUCCCCGGACGGAAAAAGUGUCGUAUCUUCCUAAAAAAAAAUACAAAAUAAAAAAGAAACUGACGAAAAAGUUUAACCCUCUCAAGACCGAAGAGUCACUUGUAUUACUAGGUUUUACAUUUUCCUGUUUGUUCAGUUACACCAAACAGCAAGAUGAUACCCGUUCUGGAGAAGCUGAGUGGAUUCUACAGCUCGUAUGUCCUCGGCAUACUCACCGUCGGCUAUAUCCUGGGCGAGUUGGGCCACUACCUGAUCGGUGUCACGUCCAAGCAGACGGCCAUCGAGCUGGACUACGGAGACCAUGCCUGCCAGCAGAACACCUCGAUGUUCCAUCGCCAGGAACUGCCCACCCAGUGCUCGGCGGUGAUGAACGAGAGCAGCUGCCAGGCAUUGGACUACAACGGCACCAGCUACUGCGAGUGGAACUACAAUGGCCUGGGCAUCGACUACCAGAUCCUGGCCGGACCCACCUUCAUCCUGAUCUUCACCAUCGCCGGCGUCUUCAUGGGCUUCGCCGCCGACAAGUACAACCGCGUCAAGAUGCUGACCAUCUGCACAAUCAUCUUCGGAAUAGCCAUUAUCCUGCAAGGCACCGUCAAACAGUACUGGCAACUGGUCCUGCUGCGCAUGGUGAUGGCUGCUGGGGAAUCCGGUUGCAAUCCUCUGGCCACCGGCAUCAUGUCCGACAUCUUCCCGGAGGAUAAGCGCGCUCUGGUGAUGGCCAUCUUCAACUGGGGCAUCUACGGAGGCUACGGAAUCGCCUUUCCCGUCGGUCGUUACAUCACCAAGCUGAACUUCUGGAACCUGGGCUGGCGGGUGUGUUAUCUGGGAGCCGGAGUGCUGACGGUCAUCGUGGCCGCUCUGACGGGAACCACUCUCAAGGAACCGGAGCGUAAGGCCAUCGGAGAGGGAGACCGCACCACGGCCAGCGGAAAGCCCGUGAGCCUGUGGCAGGUGAUCAAGAAUCCUGCCAUGAUCAUGCUGAUGAUCGCCGCCUCCAUCCGUCACUGCGGCGGCAUGACCUUCGCCUACAACGCCGAUCUCUAUUACAACACGUACUUCCCCGACGUGGAUCUGGGCUGGUGGCUGUUCGGCGUCACCAUCGGCAUUGGUAGCGUGGGUGUGGUCGUCGGCGGCAUUGUGUCCGACAAGAUUGUGGCCAAGAUGGGCAUUCGAUCACGCGCCUUCGUCUUGGCUGUCAGCCAACUGAUUGCCACUCUGCCGGCGUUCGGAUCCGUGUACUUCGACCCACUGUGGGCCAUGAUCACCCUGGGUCUGAGCUACUUCUUUGCCGAGAUGUGGUUCGGUAUUGUGUUUGCCAUCGUCGUGGAGAUCGUCCCGCUCCGUGUCCGCUCCUCCACCAUCGGCGUCUUCCUCUUCGUGAUGAACAACAUUGGUGGCAAUCUGCCCAUCCUGGUGGAUCCAGUUGCCAAGGUGCUCGGCUAUCGGGGAUCCAUCAUGAUCUUCUACGCCGGCUUCUAUGGAAUCAGUUCCAUCCUAUUCUUCAUCACGUGCUUCCUGCUCGAGGGCAAGAGCGAUGGUUCACCGGAACCGGAGACGCCCAAGAGCCAUCCGGACGCCGUGCUCAACGCUCGCCAUAUGCAUGGACACGACAACUCCGUGUUCACCGUGGACGAGACCCUGCCCUCCAACGGACGUCCUGCCCAGCUGCCGCAGCACCUGCAGAUGUCGGGCAACGGAUACGACAAGUCCCAGAAGACUCCGGCGCGACAGAACGGCGCCGAGAGCAGUAGACUCUAAUUAGCUUUACCACAAAUCUCUUUUUUUUUUUAUUUCGUGUAAUUAUUAUUGAAUUUUUAUUUUGUUUAAAAAUAUGUACUUAGUUCUAAGCCAGACGGAGGUUGCAAGAUAGCGGGAGGACCAAGUGCAGCAGAGACCUCGGUCUCCUGGCUCUGGUCCCCCCCUAUUCUGGUAGUACCUUCUCUAACAUUCUUCAUAGCGAUGAUUGCGUACUUACAGUACAUCAACUCCAAUAAAAGCUGUUUUGUUAAAUUUAAAAAUCUA